AAUUACACGUUUUCGGAAGGCAAGGAGUUUUGGGAGAAAAGGAUGACUGGUACAAUACUUGGAGUUGGGCCUGGAGUAUUCAUCUUGGCAGUGGUCUGGGUCUUGACUUUACUGCUGUGCAUGUUGUUAUCCAGAGCUUCUGGAUUUGCUAGGUUUUCAGUCAUUCUGGUUUUCUUUGCUGCUGUGAUCAUCACUUUAACCUUGUUGCUUUUUCCUCGAGCCGGCAAGUUGCCCGCACCAGUUACAGAAAUCAAGAUUGUAGAUACCUUCUUCAUUGGCCGUUUCAUCCUGCUCUUCAUUUUAACGGUGGUUUUCCUGGGAUGCCUGUUUUUGCUUCUGACUCACCAUCUUCUGCAACCUGUAUAUGCCAAACCGUUGAGAUCCUAGCGCUUAGAAUAAUUGGCUGCAAGUCCUUGAUGGUACUUUGGCCCCAAGAACAUUUCCCAUUCCGGUGACUGAAGACACAAGAUUCAGUUCCAUGAAUCAGAAUGUAUUAGUCACAAAUACAGAAUUUGUAUAAUACGGUAUCUUGAGUUUCCUGCAAGGUAUGAGAAGUUUAAUGAAUACAAUCAAAUGUAUCGUGAAUAUUAAGUUUGGUUUUUUCUCUUUGUGUUCUAACUUGGUUAAUUGAAAAUGUACAGUAUUUGUGUGAAGAUGUGUUUGUAUAACAGUUCAGAUAAUGCUGAUUCAAUCCCAUAAAACAUGUGUUGCAGUAUUGGUAACUGCCCAUUUGCCAGAACAGUGUAUUAAACAAAUAAAAAUGCAUUCACGUGAAAUGAUUGAACGUCAAUCUGGUUUGUAACCAGAUUGUUUUCCUCCAGGCUUGUAUGGUGAAACUUUGCUUGUGAAUUUCUUUUUAGUACUUUCUGUAUUUAUUGGAUUUAAUUUAAUGGAUCCCCCAGGGCUUAUUUAUUGUCAACUCCGCCUGUCUAAUACAGGUGAGAGAUGCUAAUGAAUCCCUCUGAGAAGUCUCUUGGCCAAAUUGUUCCAGGAGGACAAAACUGAAACAUCAUUUUUCUUCAGCAACAGAUGAUCAGUGUUGCUAAAUCAUUGUUCAGCAACCAAUAUCAUAUAUUUGUUCCGACAGUUACAUCUAACAGAUUUGUUUGGCAGAGAUAAUGUUCAGCUCUGUGUCUGCCCUGAUACACAAGAAGAAAGUAGUGUUUGAACAGGGAUGUCAGACAAUACCAUGCUUUUUGUUGGAUACAACCUUGGCAGCUUUAAGAUACAUGGAGUUCAACUCAGAGUUGGCUGGGGAAUUCUGGGAGUUGAAAGUCCACACAUCUUAAAGCUGCCAAGGUUGAAAAACACUGCUCUAUUGGAUUCUGGAUUUCACAUGUUACAUUGUUAGUAUGCCUUGCAUGAAUGCAUUUCUGAAAUCCCAUGCAUGUUAAUUGCAAUUGUUAACCAUGAAUGAGAUGUUUAAGGCUAUAGUCUAAUAUUAUCAUAUGUGUGGGACCAAUUCUCAUAAUCCCUAACUAGCAUAAACCACCCGGUAUUAAAUACAUAAACUGAUUGAAAUCAGUGGGCUGAGGCAUAACUGCAUUUUAACAUUAAACUAAAUAUAAAAUUAAAUAUGCUGCCUUCCCACUAAAAAUAAUACUCAAAGUUAACUAAUAUUAAAAUGUGCAAAACAGUUGCAUAAUAAAAACAUAAAAAUACAUUGGCAAGCAGGAAAAUAUCCUGUAUUUAUCAAACUACAACCUGUGUCACAUAAUUUUAGAGUCCUGAUCAUAAGCAUAAGGUCUCUAGAUCUGCUCGACUAUGGAAUACAGAAGCCAAACUUAGCAAAUCCUGUAUUAUGAUUUGACUUUUUUAUGUUAUAGAUGUUUAGUUGAUUUUGUGGAUCUUCACUUAUCAUGAAUGUUUUUAACUGUUGAUUUAUUAUUAGGAUGAUAAAUCAGGAAUCAUUGAGACAUUAGAUGGUACACAAAUGGAAUGAAAUUAAAUAAAUAACAAUAUUUGCAUCAUGAAACUGCAAAAUUGUGGAAUUACAUCAGCCUUAAUGGUGACUCAUUAUUCAUGGUACUGUUUCUAUAGGUUUGUUAUCAUUGUAUGCCACUGUGCAUGACAUUUUUGCUCUUUGUACAUUUAGGGAUAUUUCAGACACAGAUUAGAUCUCUUUCUCAAUAUUCUACUUACCUAUUCAGGAUCUGUGCAUUUGCUUUGAUCCUCUUGUUAGUUCAUCCUCCUCAGGCAAUGCCAGUGUCCAUUUGGGUGAUAUUAAUCACAGAAUGGUUUUAACAUGGCGUACAGCGAACACACUCAAAAUGGAGAAGAGACCUCUUCUACCUUCUUCCCUUAAUGAAAGAAGUAUAGGAGACCCGUCAAGGGCUCUUUCUAACAAGAUUGUAGAUAAGAUUUCCUAACUUCAUUAGAAACUUGCCCUGGGAAUGAGUAAUAAUAAUAAUAAAAACCUGAAAGGAUAAUUUUAAAAUAGCUGAACCUUCUUUUUAACAAGAGAAAUAAGUGAGAAAGUAAUUGGCCAACGAAGGAAUACUUAAAAACCCAGCAGGGAUAGCUUCCUGAAAUAGAUUAGUGGUGCUUCCAUAACACAUAUUAAUUGGCAUCAGAUGACUUGGAAAACCAUAAAAACCCAAUUGGGGAGAGGUGUCAAGGCAUUACAAAUUCCGGAGAUCCCGGUUCUUCUGAUUUCAUUUUUAACAAUAUUUUUACAGACCAACAUGGCAGUGUUCUUAUAAAACUGCUUCCAUUUCUACAAAGUUUUUAAAGCUAGCUGUUUUAAUAAUACAAGAAGCUUUAAUGUUGCAUUUUUUAAUAUUUAUUUUUCUGCUUUUCCCAUUUAAGAAUAAUCUUUGCAUGCUCUACUGAAAUGAAGCACUUCCCGUAAUCUGCUUCCCCAUCUUUGAAUUCUCUUCCUUUCUGAUGUUAUAUUGAAUGUAUUAGUAUUAAAGAGUAUUUGCACCAAGACAAAUUCCUUGUGUGCCCAAUCACACUUGGCCAAUAAAGAAUUUCUAAUCUAUUCUAUUCUAUUCUAUUCUAGUCUAUUCUAUUCUAUUCUAUUCUAUUCUAUUCUACUCUACAUUGACUAUUAACUUGCUGAUUUGAUUGGCUUAUAUGCUACAAGCCUCAGAUAUUUGGAGGGAGGGGAUGAAUUCCUUAUAAUUGCUUAUUGUUUGAUUGUUCUGUAUACUA